AUGGUUCUCGCUGGCUGGUCUGGUCCAGUGGAUAAGCAAAUUACCAGUAAUGGUGACAAAAGAUCGGUUCCGUCUUCAUCCAGUGCAGAUGAUGUUGACAGCACCGCCGAGGAUGCAUCAGUGAAACCUGGAAUGAAGCGCAAGCUGAAUGAAAUACUAGAGUCAAAGGAAAAUUUUGAUGCCCUCCAGAAUAAGUCAGAUGUUGGUUCUAGUAGUGCACAAAUCGUUGAAGAUGACGACGAUGACAUUGUUAUGUUCAAUGAGGACCAGAUGCAAGGCAAGAAGAAGAGAUUGCAAUAGCAACUCAUUCCAGAGAUAACAGCUGUUGACUUCCGACGUCAUGGCUAACACAUUAUUUGAUCAUAACGUCUUUUGUAACUUAUCUAUGCGGUGAUGUGCUAGGCUGAUGAUGUUGAGAUAUCGAUAAC